AUGGCACUGGGAAACUUCUCCCAGGUGGCUGAGUUCAUCCUCCUGGGGCUUUCUGAUAGAAGGGAGCUGCAAGUCCUCUUCUUCAUCCUCUUCCUACUGGCCUAUGUCAUGGUUCUGCUGGGUAACAUCCUCAUCAUCGUGACAGUCGGGACUGACCCCAAGCUCUCCUCACCCAUGUACUUUCUCUUUUGCAAUCUGUCCUUCUUAGAUAUCUGCUGCACCUCUGUUGUCUCUCCCAGGAUGCUGGUGGACCUGCUGACCCAGAGGAAGAGCAUUUUGUUUGCAGACUGCAUAGCCCAGAUGUUUUUCCUGCAUUUCAUUAGAGCAUCAGAGAUGUUCCUGCUGACUGUGAUGGCCUACGACCGCUACGCUGCCCUCUGCAAGCCCCUGCACUACACAACCAUCAUGAGCAGGAAGGUGUGUUGGGCCCUGGUGUCUACUUGCUGGGCAGGAGGCUUCCUCCACUCCCUUGUCCAUAUGUUGCUCACAGUCCAGCUCCCCUUCUGUGGCCCUAACACAAUAGACAGCUACUUCUGUGACGUGCCUCUCGUCGUUCAGCUUGCCUGCACAGACCUCUCUGUCACCGAGUGGCUCAUGGCUGCCAACAGCGGCUUCAUAAACCUGCUUUGCUCCCUGGUGCUGCUCACAUCCUACAUCUUCAUCCUGCUUGCAGUCAGGGCUCACUUUGCUGAGGGGUGCUGGAAGGUGCUCUCUACCUGUGGCUCACACAUGGUGGCAGUCAGCCUCUUCUUCGUGCCCUGCAUCCUCAUCUACCUCCAACCCUUUUCUGCCUUGCCCUCCAACAGGCACAUCUGUAUGACCUACACUGUCUUCUCCCCGUUGAUAAACCCCCUCGUCUAUACCUUGAGGAAUAAGGAGGUGAAGGCAUCCAUGUGGAAAACGAGGCAGCAGCUGGGACAGGACAGGAGGCUGCUGGCAGAAAGGGGAAAUGGGAAAUGCCAGCUGACUACGAGCCAGAAGUGUGCUCAAGUGGCCAAGAAGGCCACCAGGAUCCUGCCCUGGAUCAGCAAGAGUGUGACAAGCAGAACCAGGGAAGCCAUCUACUGUGCACUGGUGAGGCCAUACCUUGAGUACAAUGUUCAGUUCUGGGACUCUCACUACAGAAAUGCCAUUGAGGAGCUGGAGCAGGUCCAGAGAAGGGCAAUGAAGCUGGUGAAGGCUCUGGAGAACAGGAAUGAUCACUUCAUGCAUUGA